AUGACCAUGUUUAAUUUAAGAGUAUUAUCCAAGAAUUUUAGCAAGAUAACCGUUAAUAAAAACAUUAGAUUAUAUUCUGCAUAUGAAAAAUUUAAUGCGUAUUUCGGUCAUAAAUCGUUUCAAAAGAAUCCGGUUAAGUUAUUAGUUGCGGCCGUACCUGUAACUGCAUUAGGUGCAGGCUAUUAUUUUUACGGUACUAAAAAAGAAAACGAUGAGUUAUUAAACGAGUACGAUAUAAGAAAUGUAGAAUAUCAAUUAUUGGAAUCUAAACCCAAUGUACCCAUUGCCAGAACCGUGAACAAAUCGAAAGAUGAUUUAAAUUUAAAUUUAACCCUUUUUCAAUAUCCUACAUGUCCAUUUUGUUGUAAAGUGAGAGCAUUUUUGGACUAUUACGGUAUACCCUAUGAAGUCGUAGAAGUUAAUCCGGUAUUCAGACAGCAAACAUCGUGGACGACGUAUAAAAAAGUACCCAUUUUACUAGCCAAAGUCAAAGAUGGUUAUCAACAACUCAACGAUUCAUCAAUGAUCGUAUCUGCUUUAAAAACAUAUUUAUUUAAUCAAAAUAUUAGUCUAGAAGAAAUUGUUAAUUAUUAUCCUAUGAUCGAAUUCAAAGAGAAAGAGGGAAAAGUCAAAUCGGACGUUUUAAACAAAUAUUUCCUAAUGUUUCAAGAUAAUGUGCCCAAAGACAAAACAACAGAAGUUGUCAAAGAAGAAAAAAAAUGGAGAGAAUGGGCAGAUAACGAACUUGUACACACAUUAUCACCGAACGUUUACAGGACCACAGAAGAAGCUUUGCAAGCAUUCAAAUGGUUUUCGGAGGUUGGAGAAUGGGAUAAACUUUUUUCAGCCUGGGAAAGAUUUGUUAUAGUUUAUGUCGGGGCUUUCGCCAUGUGGUUGAUAAGUAAAAAUUUAAAAAAACGUCAUAAUUUAAAAGAUGACGUAAGAGAAUCUCUCUACGAUUCGUGUAAAAAAUGGAUGAAAAUUCUUUCGAUGAAAAACACUCAAUUUCUAGGGGGAUCAACUCCCAAUUUGGGAGAUUUAGCAGUAUAUGGAGUAUUAUCGAGUAUAGAAGGUUGCAUAGCAUUUAACGAUUUGAUUAACAAUACAAAUAUUGGUAAAUGGUAUUACCCUGUUAAAGAAGCAGUAAAUAAUCACAAAGACGUAAACAAAACAAAACAAACGUUUAGUCGCAGCAAUUUUUGCUACGGGCAAGAUUUCAAAAAAAAAACCAUAGCAUAA